AUGGAAACACUUCGGAAGUUUACUACAGACAUACAUGAAGGUAUGGUGAAUGGUAACAAGAAAACUGAAGAUGUUAUUAAAAGAAAUAAACGGAAAAACUAUGAAGGAAUGGAAGAAGAAUUACAUACUAUAAAUAACUGCUUCAUCAAACACAAAAAGAUGGCAAAAGAAAUGGAAAAUGAAGUAGAUAAAAGUGACAAAAUCUGGGAUGAGGAUCGAAAGCGCAUUGAUCGCUUAGAGAAAAUUGUGGAGAAACUCCAGCCCCAGGUAGACGAAUUAAUGAAGAAAAACGAUAAUCUUGAAAUAGCACGGAUCACUAACAACUUCGGGUAUGGCCUUGCCGCACACAUCUACCCACCACGUACGAAAGUCAUGUUCGGUCCAAUCUUUGCAAACCUGAUGUUAUGGCUGGACGAGAGUAAGGAUAGACCAGAAGGGCGUGAAGGAAACAGGAAGUGGCGUGAAUUGAAGAAAGAGUUUAUCUGGUCAGAUGAGCACGAAAAAGUGUUCUAUAAAAUGCUCAAGUUCAGUAAGACUGUUGAUCACCAGAAGGUCGAUUUUCAAUCUGCCUUCACCGAUAGAGAGAAGCGAUACGUUGAUGUUAUCCGUAGAAUGAGCGAACAAUUAAAUUAA